GCUUGUCUUUCUCUUGUGCUCCUUUGCAUUGUCAUGUAUACUCUGAUACUCCAUGGGAAAAGAGCUAUCGAGUUGCAGAAAUGGCGUAACUUGAGAGAUUCAGUGAGGCUUUUGCAGAAUGCGUUUGCUUUCUCCAAUUCUUUCUCCACCGCUAGUGCUGCUGCGCAAGUGGGUCCUAAAGAUGGUCGUAAAGGAAACUCUUUUACAGUCUCUUACCUCGUUGAUUCACUGGGUUUAGAUACAGAGCUCGCAGAAUCGAUCUCAAGGAAUGUCAGCUUUGAGGACAAAGGUAAUCCAGAUUCUGUUCUGAGUCUUUUCAGAAGUUAUGGGUUCGCAGAUUCUCACAUCUCCAACAUCAUUACUGGUUAUCCACUAUUGCUUAUAGCAGAUGCUGAGACAUCCAUUGGUCCAAAGCUUGAGUCUUUGCAGUCUAGAGGAGCUUCAACCUCUGAGCUCACCGAGAUUCUUUCAAAAGUUCCAAAAAUCUUGGGAAAGGACAGAUCUUUCAGCGUGUACUAUGAUUUCGUCAAAGAGAUUGUAGAAGCAGAUAAGAGCUCCAAGUUCAAAAAGUUAUGUCAUUCUCCUCUGCCACAGGGUAGUAAGCAGGAGAACAAAAUCAGAAAUAUUUUGGCUUUGAGAGAACUUGGUGUGCCUCAACGAUUGUUGUUCCCUUUGCUCAUCUCAAGAAGCCCACAUGUCUGUGGAAAAGAGAAAUUUGAAAAAUCUCUCAAGAAAGUGGUUGAGAUGGGUUUUGAUCCCACCACGCCAAAGUUUCUCGAAGCUCUGCGCAGUGUUCAGAGAUUGAAGGAAGAGACAAUAGAAGAGAGAGUCAAUGUAUAUAAAAGUUUAGGCUUUGCUGUGGAAGAUGUGUGGGCAAUAUUCAAGAAGUAUCCGAUUUUUCUGACACUCUCGGAGAAGAAAAUAUUGAACUCCAUGGAGACAUCUCUAGGCCUAGGAUUCACCAAAGAUGAGUUCGUGUUGAUGGUAAAACGACAUCCUGCCUUCAUUGCAUAUUCUGCAGAGAUGGUCAAGAAGAAGACUGAGUUUCUGGUGAAGAAGAUGAGCUGGCCUUUCGCUGGUUUGCGCCCUGAGAUAUUUUCAUACAGCUUUGAGAAGAGGAUUGUACCAAGGUGUAACGUAAUCAAAGCUCUCAUGUCCAAAGGAUUGCUCGGAAGUGAACUGCCUUCAAUGACGCGUGUCUUGGCAUGUAGAAAUCAGGUGUUCUUAGAAAGAUAUGUGAGGAAGCACGAUGACAAGAAGCUUGUAGCUGAAUUAAUGUCUAUUUUCACUGGUGAUCGUGUUGGUUCUUACAGAGGCUCACUUGAAUGAAGCAUUAACAGUUGUUAGUUUGUAAUCACUUCGCAAAUAGGAUUGUUAUUCAAAUAGGAAUUUUGUAUAAUGAUUCUCUCUGAGAGGAACUGAGAUUCUAAAACUACUUGGCAAGUAAUAGCAGA